CGGGGGUAGGAACCACCGAGCCUGAGAAGAGGCCAGAACUAGAAGAGGACGGCGGACCAGGGAAGAACCAGGAGGCGGAAAGAAGCAGCGAGAGAACGCCGGCAAGAGGCCAUGGAACCCGAGAAGACCGAGGCGGCGGCAAAGCAGCCGAUGGAGGCGGAGGCCGGAGACCCCGUAGAUCCCCGCGAACUGGUGUCCAGCGACGAUGAGAUAGACUACUCCGUCGAGCCCGAGUUCUACGACCCCAACCUGGAUGACGCUGAUGAACGGUGGGUGAACAGGCAGAGGAAAGGCCGCACAUCUGACGCCGUGCUCAGCUGCCCCGCCUGUUUCACUACCUUGUGCUUGGAUUGUCAGAGGCAUGAGAAGUACGUAAACCAGUACCGUGCAAUGUUUGUGUGCAACUGCAAGGUCAAGACUGAUCAAAUUUUACGCGAGGACAAGGGAAAAAGGAAAAGCCGCAAGGGAAGGACUGCUGAUUCCUCUACUACAUCAACAGAAGGUGAAAGCAAGGGACAAGCUUAUCACCCAGUUUGUUGCGAGGUCUGCUCGACUGAGGUUGGAGUGCUUGAUGAAGAUGAAGUUUACCACUUCUUCAAUGUCGUCCCAAGCAACUCCUGAAUUUAGUGCUGCUGCUGUUCUGUGAACUGUUACUGUAGAAUAGAUUGUCGGUCCAUGCGCCCCGUGGUAGUAUGAUAUUGUACUUGUUUUAACUUUCAUAUCGUGAAUAGACAUAAACAAGUUACUCAGGAACUAUGGGUGGCAUGUUGCUUUAA